UUUGUUGGGCACGAAUGCCACUCGUUGCGCGUCCCUGUAAUUUGGAGAGGUGUAUGCAGCGCACGGCCCGUUCGCCUUUGCAGGUUGAAAUCCAGGAGGAGCCGAGAGCAAUUUUAACUGGGACGACUGCUGAACCCGGUUCAGGACAGGUGAAAUUCCCAGCAGGCUGCGUUUAAGGCCAAAAGGAUCGAUUCCCAUGUAGGGACAGGCAGCGCGCCCCGCUCGGGUCAUGGAUGAAGGUCAGCGGAUGCACCAAGACGGAUUAUCCACGACCGGCUGAACUGUCGCUGACUCAGGAGUUCCGGGGAUAUUCACACAUUUCGGAUUGAACUUUUCAUGUCAAAAGUUUCUUAGUUUUUUUUUUUUUUUAAAUUAAAUAUCGCAAUGAAAACAAGACAAAUCCGGGAGGAAUCAGGCAAACUGCUGCUUUAGAUGAGCGUUAUUUCCGUGCGUGGACAACUUGAAAAGGCGCUGAAAUGAAGGAGAAAUCCAAAACGGCCGCAAGGACUAGACGGGAAAAGGAGAACAGCGAAUUUUACGAACUGGCCAAAAUGCUGCCUUUACCGUCGGCCAUCACCUCCCAGCUAGACAAAGCCUCCAUAAUCAGACUGACGACCAGUUACCUGAAGAUGAGAAUUGUUUUUCCUCAGGGUCUUGGAGAGGCUUGGGGUCACGCGAGCCGAACGAGAUCUUUGGACAAUAUUGGACGGGAGCUGGGAUCUCACUUGCUGCAGACGCUGGACGGAUUCAUCUUUGUUGUCGCUCCGGAUGGGAAGAUCAUGUACAUUUCAGAGACGGCGUCGGUCCAUUUGGGACUGUCUCAGGUAGAGUUGACCGGGAACAGUAUUUAUGAGUAUGUCCAUCCUGCCGACCACGACGAGAUGACAGCUGUGUUAACGCCACAUCAGCCCUAUCAUUCACACUUUGUGCAAGAAUAUGAAGUGGAACGCUCUUUCUUUUUGAGGAUGAAAUGUGUGCUGGCAAAAAGAAACGCAGGGCUCACCAGUGGAGGAUACAAGGUCAUUCACUGCAGCGGCUACCUGAAGAUCCGUCAGUACAGUCUGGACUUGUCCCCCUUUGAGAGCUGCUACCAGAACGUGGGCCUGGUGGCUGUGGGUCACUCUCUGCCGCCCAGUGCUGUGACUGAGAUCAAACUGCACAGUAACAUGUUUAUGUUCAGAGCCAGUUUGGACAUGAAGCUCAUUUUCCUGGACUCCAGGGUAGCUGAGUUGACAGGUUAUGAGCCCCAGGACCUCAUAGAGAAAACUUUGUACCACCACGUCCACAGCUGUGACAUCUUCCACCUCCGCUGCGCUCAUCACCUCUUGCUGGUAAAAGGCCAAGUCACCACCAAGUAUUACCGUUUCCUAGCCAAGCACGGAGGAUGGGUCUGGGUCCAGAGCUACGCCACCAUCGUGCACAACAGCCGAUCGUCGAGGCCUCACUGUAUUGUCAGUGUCAACUACGUCCUUACGGAUACUGAGUAUAAGGGAAUGCAGCUGUCUUUGGACCAAAUGAGCCCCACCAAGCCAGCUUUUCCCUAUGCCGACAGCCACAGUGAAGACAGGAAGAGCACCAAGUCACGUCUGACCCAGUCAAAGGCCAAAGUCCGAGUGUCACCCUACCCACAGCAAGCUUUCAAUCCCGAGCGUUCAGAAUCCGACCAAGACAGCCAGUGGGGUGGGAGCCCGCUGACAGACUCUGCCUCCCCUCAGUUGUUGGACUCCAGCGAGGCUGCAGAAGCUUCGUGUGCCUACAGACUGUAUCCAGACCCAGGCUCCCUGUGCUACAGCCUGGGUCUAUCAGAGGACGAUCUCGCACAUGCCCAAACGCAUCCCCACACCACCACCUGCGACCGCGUUCGAUGCCAGAGUGGCCGAUACUUCCUGGGAGCACCUCAGACGGGGAGGGAGAUGUGGUGGGACAGCACACGCUCUGUGCUGUCCCUUCCCAAAUUCUCAGUGGAGAACAGCGAGGGCUAUGAAAUCACAUCUUACCAUGGCGCCAUUCACGGACGGGGCCACUGGGAUGAAGACAGUGUAGUGAGUUCACCUGAUGGGGGCGGAUCUACCAGCGAUUCAGGUGAGCGGUACCAUGGCGACCAAUACCAAGCGAGCCCUCGAGAGCCCAGUAAGAUGGAGACGCUUAUCCGUGCCACGCAGCAAAUGAUUAAAGAAGAAGAGAACCGUCUACAGCAGCACAAAGGACUCCUGGACGGGUCGGGCCUCAGCAAAACUCACAGCCCAUGCUUCACCUCUGCCGUGCCACAUCACUCGCAGCUUAACAUGCCCAGCGUGGUGUGCCGUGGCCCUGGGGCCCCCAACAUCGACCUCCCCUCUGAGCGCCUGCAUCACCGUGACGGCAUCAAAGUGCUGGGCCAACACGAUAAUGAUGAAAACACAACCAGUCCAGCGUCUUUGUCCCGUCUCAGUAGCCCCAGCUCCGACGGAAUCCCACGGUCGGGCCUCCCUCUCACCAAAGACUACAUGCAGACAGACCUGUCCCCCCAUGCAGCACAUUCCCAGGGGAGCCCUCUGCUUUAUCCAACCCAGGAGAGGCAGCCACUGGACAGACAAGCAGCUUACGCCUUGGCCGGAUACUCCCUGGAGCACCUGUACGACCCAGAAAACUUGAGGAGUUACUCUGGUCUUGCGUGUGGAGGGGUUCAGUACGACGUGACAUCGCACAUGAGAAUGCAGGCUGAGCAGAUCCAGGGACACAAGCCCACCUCUGUCAUCAUAACCAACGGCAGCUGACGAUAUCUGGUGCACAUUGGUCCUGCUGUCUGAAAAUUGAUGAUGAUGUAUGCAUGAGCAUGAAUGACCAUGUGCUUGAUGCAAAAUGCAAGACAGAAGGAUACAUGGAACUUGUGGUGGACAGAUGACUCCUUGGUUGUUUGUUCAGUACUUCUUGUACUUGUCAGGUCUUUGUAUUGUACCAUUUUCUUUUCUUUAUCACCCAAGGACUAUAUUUAGGAUCUGACACAAGAUACAGCACCUGAUACUGGGAGGAGACUUGUCCCAUUACAUCGGAAACUUUUUUUUUAAUGGUGUUGAACUGAAUUAGCCUCCCACCAAAAGCUGGUUAAACAUCAAACAGGUUUUAUUUCUGUUCUGCUCUCCUCAUGCGCCAUUGCCUAUGUGAGUUAAUCUGUCCUGGGUGCGAUUUCCGAGGGCAGUGGGAAAAUGUGUUGUUCCAUUUGUUCCUUUUACCUGAAAAGUCUGUUGCACAAAGCCUAAUGUUUCACAAGCAAAGUGCAACUGAAGAAAGACCGAAAGACAAGUAUUUCACUAUCGUAAGAUGUCAAUGUUUCCUAGUAUUUAUUUGUGAGUUGACUGUUUUCUGUAUAUGUCAUUUUUCCUGUCGGAGUAGGAAACUUUACUGGUGGCAGUUAGUUUUGGUGUUUGGAUCACACCAUUAUUACAAUAUUAGAUUAAAAAGAUAAAUAAACUGGGAAAACAGAAUAAAUAACUGCCUAUGAUAUGUUAAAGUUGGCUUAAAAACUAAAACUGCCCCAAUUUUGAUGGCAAAGAUAUGUAACCAAACAAAUUCUUGUUUUCUCUCUAUAAUUCGGCAAAUAUAUAAAACCUCAGUUGAUAUAUUUUUUCUUUUACAUCUCAGAGUAUAUUUUUUUCCUAUUAUUAGCUUCUGCCUACCUAACAUUUUCUUAUAGUAGCAUAUGCUAAAAAAAGUCCUUAAAUUCUUCCCCACAUAAAAUUUUUCUCACAGUACGGCAGCCUAAAGGGUACAAAAGGUUGAUAUGAAUAUGUUUUAAUAAGGAUGUUUUUAGUUUCCUGUUUAAUUUAUGAUGUAAAUAUUAUUACGU